GCUGAUGCUAUAUGUCCCCCAUUUCAUAAUAUGUUGCUAGUCUGGGUUCUUGUGAGUUUGGGAAGUAGCUAGCUAACCUAAACUUAAAAUAAGUAAAUACUAAGAAAAACAAGGAUGACCACCGUUAGCUAAUUGUUUUCAUAUUUAUUUGUUUUUUAUUGUAACGUUACUGUAACGGAAACGUUAGUAGCCAGCUUGGUAGCCGCUGAUGAACAGCAUUAUUACUAAUAACUAGUCUGGCUAGUUUCUUUGUUGGAAAAUCAUUGAAUUGGAGCAGAUUCUGUGCGGUGAUGUCAGUAUUUUGGCCAAUGUCUAUUUAGCUAGUUAGAGCCAGCUAACAUAAUCCUUGCAGAAGGGUAGCUAAGUUCCACGUCGCCACCAAGCUUUAAGCUUGCUAGGACCUAGAGGCAAUGCAGUGCCUAAAGUAGAGACAUUAAAGGAACAAUGCUUCUGGUGGAAAGAUCAUCCUGCGAUGAAGUGUUGCGACUGAAGACACCCAAUGAAAGAACAACUACAGACGCUGGCAUGGAAAAUAAGGCAAAUGGCUCAAUGGACACUAAAAGCCCAAUGGAGAAUGGGCAGCUCCCUGACCCUGCUGACUGGGCCGUCACUGACGUCGUUAAUUAUUUUAAGGCUGCAGGUUUUGAGGAACAAGCCAAUGCUUUCCAGGAUCAGGAAAUUGAUGGGAAAUCACUGCUGUUGAUGACUCGGAAUGAUGUCUUGACUGGAUUGUCGAUAAAGUUGGGCCCAGCAUUGAAGAUCUACGAAUAUCACGUGAAACCACUUCAGACCCAACACCUGAAGAACAACACGUCGUAGCAGCUCAUGCAGAAGUGUACGGAGGAUGACAAUCACUGGAGGAUGCAGCAAGGAAACCAUGUCCAAGGGGAGGCCUGACCUUCUUCUUCCUGUCUGCGUCUUAUGCAAUUAAAACUAUUUUCUAUCCAUUUACAGGAGUGAGAUGGAUGACUCUGGUGCAUAACCUCACUGCAGAAAUAUAACUUUGUGACACUCCGUGCUAUACAUUUGUAAAUGAGAACAAUCUGUUUUUUUUCCAGUUGUUUUUUUGACCAUUUUAGGCCAAAACCUUUUUAUUUAACUCCCACUAAAUAUUGUAUCAUAUGUGAAAACCCAACAUUUCUUCAUAUUUCAGGAAACGGUUCAAUCUUAAAGAGUUCAUUUAAGAAUCCUCUUAAAUUAGGAUUUCACUCCUCCACUGCUGUCACGGAACUGAAUUGUCUGUGCCUGCGAUGAACGGGGCUGAGCAGCGAUCUCCUCUGAAGGCCCCGAGACAACAGAUCACUAAUCACAGGGUGCAGUCAUGUUUGGACUCCCUUUGCCAUCAGGACUUUGUACAUAAUGGGCAGGUGGAGACAUUUACUCAGCUGUAAGUACAUCCUUUUUGUUCUAAAAGGGGAAAUGCACCAUUCAAAACAAUAUGACAAAGCGAGCAACCAGGUGCAUGAAGAUAUAGGAACUACUGACUCUAUGAAAAUGGGCUUUUGUCAGCUGAAGAGUACUGUCACUUAACACAUUUACAGGCUGGCAAUAUUGUAAAUAUUUUAAUUCUGAAUAAGUGAAUCCAAAUUAAUAUUUUCAACAAGCUGUUUACAUGUAUGCAAAAAUACAAUGUUCCUCAAAUAAUUGCAGUUCACAAACGUACUGGUUUUGUAGUUGGCUGCAGUGUUAACUAAGAGGUACAGGUGGGUCAUAAUGAACAAAACAUUGGGGUGCAUGAAUCUUUUUUGAAUGUCAAUGAAACAAUUUUAGAACCAGCUUCAGUUGGAUGCAUUACUACAGGCAGCAUUCUUGGAUGCCCUGCAAUUAUUUGCUAUUCUUUCAAAUUUGUUAACAUGGUUUAGCGUAUAUUUUCUUGCUUGUUAUUUGCAGUGUACGUGGCUGUAUGCAGUGAUGUAGCCAGAUGCACAUUCACACAUUAUGUUAAUGAAAACUGACUGAGAAUAGCAAGUGAUUUCCAUGGCUACUCUUGGGACUGGAAAGACCAUUAACGGUGCCCCUCCCCGCAUUUACAGAUUCAUUACAUUAAGAACCCUGCUUUUAUGGUCUGGUCCUGUGGAAAUCUUGAAUAGUCCAGUUAAUAAGAGGGUGCAUGCAAAUAUGGCCACAAAGAUGUGGGACCCUUGAAUUGAAUAGAUAUGAUUUGUCAGUUUUUUUUUUUUUUGGGGGGUUUUUUUUAAUGUUUGUAGUGUCAGUUUUUUGACAAGUGGUGCUUUGAUUGCUUGAAAGAGUAUUUUUCUUAUUCUUUAAAAAGGGACUUUCUCAAUGGUUUCCUAGUCGAAAGAAAAUGUAUUUCCAGAAGACCACUGGAACAUGACUAGUCCAAGCUUUGUCAGAAAUUCUAAUCAAAUCUGUCUAUUUUACUGUGGAGUUUCACGGACCCAUUCUUGUUAAUACAGUGUCACAGUGAAAUGCAUAAACUUUAUACACUCCUUGAAGUCCAUUCAUUGUUUCUUUUAUUUUCCCACUGAAAUGGUGCUUAUGUAGUAACAAUGAAGACAACCAGCAUCUAUGGCUCUCUUCUUUCCUCAGAAGUUUAAUGACAUUAAUCACAGCUCCCCCCUGUGGCUUUAUUCUGUUGUGUUUUGAGCUGCAAGCAGUAGUGUGCGUGAAUACACUCUGCUGCUGCUGAUUCAGGGCACACACACGUUUCUGUAAUCUGUCUACUGAAAGCAUUCCAAAUCCCACCCCAGUGUCACUCCAGUUGUUGUAAAUGCAAUUACUGGCUGCACAAUAGAUUUCAGUGGUGGUAGCAUGAAGCGCUCGGAAAUGUGUUGCAUGAUAUAAUCGCAUCCUGUUUGCCGCUCAGAAAAACUCUACAGGAUAGAGAUUAGACUCGUCAUGAAAUUAACCUGCUUUUAAACAUUGUCUUUGAGGCUCAUUCUUUUAUGUUAGAAUGGAAAAGGGUUUGGAGACUAAAAACUAAAGACUGGCAUCAUUAUUGUUAUAAUAUGUUACUAAUCCUCUUUAAAAAUCCUCUUACCUUGUGCAAGGGCUUGUUGCUAGUCCCCCCCCCCCCCCCCCCCCAACUCAUUUUUAUACAGUAUAUAUUUGUAAGUCUUUUGGUGCUAUUAAAAACAAUGGAGAUGAAAGUAUAUGGCUUAGAAAACAAUAGGCGCAUGUGAGUCUCACAUGCUUCAUCAAAGCAGAUUUUUCUCGUCAUCAGUGUACGGUUCCUCUUGGGAGUCCAAGCGCAGUGCAUGUGCCGCUGUCGACCCGCUGCUGUUCUCUUAGUGCUUUCAUUUCUUCACAAUAUGAUGUUUCCUCAGAUUUAUACUACAGGAAUGAAUAUCAUUUGUUAAGCUGUGUGUGUGUGUGUGUGUGUGUGUGUGUGUGUGUGUGUGUGUGUGUGUGUGUGUGUGUGUGAAUUGAAAUGGCUGUAGUCCUACCAUUCCCCCUGUCUGGUGUUGCUUUUUUUUGCUCUGGUUAUAUGCAUAGCUGUUAUUUGAAAAAAAACACUACAAAGAAGAUGUUAGGCGCCUUGGUACAUAAUACUUGUUGGGAAACAGGAAGGUAUCGUCAAACGUUCAAUUGCAAUGAUGGAGAGUUGACAUUUGCCUAAUCUACUGUAGUCUUACAAUCAAUUGUGCUGCUGUCAAAAAUACAGCGGUAAAUAUUUGGUCAUCAUUUUGUAAUUCUUAACGGGGCACCCUAAUUGCACGUUACUUACAAUUCAGUAAAUUAAAUUUGCUCCUCAUGAGGAAAGAAGCUGAUUUUUACACACUGACAUUGUUGGAUCACUGAUACCUAUUUGCAGUUUAAUUUCUCCUUUGCAGCUGAAUUUAUUUGUUGUAUUUUGAUAUCCCACCAAAUUAGAUGUCAAUACAUGUCAUUUUAUACUCUUCAUUUUAAUCUGAAGCUGGGUGAAUUUAAUGAACAAGUUAGAUGUAGGUUUAUUUGUAUCUGUUCCAGAGUUUGUACAUAAAUAAAUGCUCCAGAUGUUUGUUUUUCAAUGAAAA